CAAGGAAGAGCUCACAGGCUGUUCAGGUCGGUGUUUGUGUGUUGGCUGCCACACUUUGGAACCUUGGAGACGGAAGAAUAAAGGGAUAUUCCCCCGUUGGCGGGUCUCAACAUGGAUAUGGAUGUGCCGGAUUCCCCUCACGGGAACAUGGGGCUGUUGAAGACCUUUGACUCCUCUGAGUUCGGCAGCUGGGAGAAGAUAGGCUCAGGAGGCUUUGGGCAGGUAUACAAAGUACGGCAUGGGAAGUGGAAAACAUCGCUGGCCAUCAAAUGUCCUCCCUGCCUUCAUCUGGAUGACAAGGACCGCAGCGAGCUCCUUGAGGAGGCGAAGAAGAUGGAGGUGGCCAAAUUCCGAUACAUCCUGCCCGUGUAUGGCAUCUGCGACGACCCGCAGGGCCUCGUCAUGGAGUACAUGGAGACGGGCUCGCUGGAGAACCUGCUGGCCAACGAACCGCUGCCCUGGGAGCUUCGCUUUCGCAUCAUUCACGAGACGGCGGUGGGCAUGAACUUCCUGCACUGCAUGAACCCGCCGCUUCUGCACCUGGACCUGAAGCCCGCCAACAUCCUGCUGGACGAGCAUUAUCAUGUCAAGAUAUCCGAUUUUGGCCUGGCCCGCUGGAACGGCCUGUCCCAGACCAACGACAUCAGCAGGGAGGGCUUCUGCGGCACCAUUGCGUACCUGCCGCCUGAGAGGAUCAUAGAGAAGGACAGAGUGUCUGACACAAAGCAUGACGUGUACAGCUUCUCCAUCGUGAUCUGGGGCAUUCUCACACAGAAGAAGCCCUACCAAGGAGAGAACAACAUCCUGCAGAUCAUGGUGAAAGUGGUUAAGGGGGUUCGUCCAGAUCUGGGUUUAGUGCCACGGAGUCGACCUUCCGCCUGCGCGGGUUUCCUGAGCCUCAUGCAGCGCUGCUGGGCCAACAGCCCUGAUGCCAGACCCAGCUUCCAGGAAAUUACAUCUGAAGCUGAGGAGCUUUGCUCAAAACCACAUGAUGAGCCCAGGACCCCAACAUUAUCAACAUCAUCAGAACCAGAGCCCCUGUCCCCUAACCCAGUCACCAGUGACCAGGGCAAUGCCAACAAACCGGUGCGCCCAAAGUCGGCCAUGUUGCCGGAAAAAGACUACAGCCUGUCAGAGCUGCUGAGCCAGGUGGAUUCUGGGAUCUCGAGGAGCUUCGAUCAGGUGAAGGAGGACAGCUGCCACAGCAAAGAGAAUACCUGCAAGAGACUGUCGGGCAUCUCCUCUGCAGAUUCAGCCUUCUCCUCCCAAGACUCCAUCAACACGUACUUAGACAAGGAGACCACAAUUGAUUCUGCUGAAGUCCAGAAGCGGAAGCUGUGUGAAGCCAUCAGGACCAAAGACACUGCUAAGCUAAUGAAGAUCCUCCAGCCUCAGGAUGUUGACCUUCCUCUUGAUGGAGGAGAUAGCCUCCUCCAUUUCGCCAUCACCUUGGGUAACGAGGAGGCCGUCAAGUUCCUCCUUCUGAAUGACGCCAAUCCCAAUCUUCCCAACGCGCGCGGCUCCACGCCUCUCCACCUGGCCACAGAGAAGCACCUGAAGCCGCUGGCUGAACUCCUGCUCGGUCGGCGCAGGACUAAUGUGAAUGCUAAAGACGAGGACCAGUACACACCUCUGCACUGGGCGGCCCAGAACGGAGACGAGGCCAUGACCAGGCUGCUGCUGGACCGGGGGGCCACCAUCAACGAGACCGACGGCCAGGGACGCACGCCGGCUCACGUGGCGUGCCAGCACGGCCAGGAACACGUGAUCAGGGUGCUGCUGAGCCGCAGCGCUGACGUUCAAAUCAGGGGCAAGAACAACUGGACGGCGUUGCACUUUGCCGCCUGGCAGGGCCACCUGGGCAUUGUCAAGCUGCUGGUCAAGCAGGCCGCCGUUAAUGUGGACAGCCAGACGACAGAUGGCCGCACGGCACUGCACCUGGCAUCCCAACGGGGGCAGUAUAGAGUAGCGCGGAUCCUGGUCGAGCUGGGGGCGGAUGUCCACGUCCCGUCGUCCGAAUUAAACACGGCGCUGCACGUGGCGGCAGAAACGGGCCACACAAGCACCUCCCGCCUGCUGAUCAAACACCAGGCGGACGUGAACUGCCAGAACGCUGAAGGACUCACGCCCCUGCACCUGGCCUCGCAGCGCGGCCACCUGGCCACGGUCAAGAUGCUGAUAGCGGAGGGGGCCGACCCCUACGUAUCCACCCACGGCCAGCGCACGCCCUGCCACUUGGCGGCAGAGAACGGACACGGGGAAGUUGUGAAAGAGCUGCUGAGUCACUGUCCGGACGGCGGCAGCCUGCCAGAUGAGCAGGGACUCAGCCCGCUGCACCUGGCUGUGCAGGGCAGACACUCGAACGUCAUUACCAUGCUGCUGCCGCCGCAGGUACGCCAGGACUUGGUGACGGAGAGCUCGGUCCAGCCGUCGGCUGAGGAGCCUCCUGUCCUGGAGGUGAAGCAGCUCCAGAGGAAGGUCGUCAUUCUAAAAUUGACAGAGCACAAGGACAAAGACUGCCCACAAUCCCCCAGCCCACAGUGCGCCUCAGCACCAUGCUAACAGGAAGAAACGCACCGCGGACACUGUACAGAACUGUCCUUCAUACUCAUCAGCUGCCUCACCCAGUGGUCGGGUUGGAUCCGCCUGGGCUAGUGUAGAUAUCUCCUGUGAUUAAUGCUGAUAAAAGCUAGAUGUAAGAUGUACACUGUAAAUGGAAUGUAUAUUACCCUUUAUUUUUCACUAUUUUACCAAGUGUGUUGAACGUAACCACGGAGUAUGUCCUUUUUGACUAUUUGGAAAGCCGCAGCGCAUCCUGUAAGUAACAAUUAAAGGAACACGGACUCUACUGUAUGUUAACGGAGCCUUUCUGUUUGGAAACACCUUCAGUGUCCUGAAGCUGUUACGGUCCGGUGUCGCUUCGUGCAUUAAAACACCUUUUCAAAAUAA